UCAUCAUGAGCUCCAUGCAGUCAAACUCCUCUGCAAAUGUGACCUUUGUCCGUCCUGCUACAUUUUUUAUUAACGGUUUGUUUAAUAUCCCACAUGUGAAAUAUUACUAUGUUUUCUUGUCUUUAGUGUAUGUUGUGACUGUUCUGGGUAAUUUGUUUAUCAUGUGUAUCAUUUAUUUGGCCCGCAGACUACACAUAGCCAAAUAUAUUGCUGUUUUUCAUCUAGCUCUUUCUGAUCUGUGUCAAAGCUCAGUUUUGAUUCCAAAAGUCAUGGACAUAUUUUUAUUUGAGCACCAGGAAAUGUCUUAUGAAGCGUGUUUAACAGAUAUUUUUUUUGUAUAUCAUUUCAUGAAUCUGCAGUCUUUGACACUUCUUGCUUUGGCUUUUGACAGACUGGUUGCUAUUUGUUUUCCACUACGGUAUCAUGCCAUUGUAACCAAACCAGCCAUGUUUCUGUUCAUAGGGGUGAUGUGGAUUGUGUCUGUGACUUUUUUUUCUGUACUUGUAAGUUUUGUGACUAGAAUGUCUUUUUGUAGAUCUAAUGUAAUUGAUAGUUACUUUUGUGACUAUGGCCUUAUUUAUAGACUUGCUUGUAAUGAUAAUUCUAUAAAUAUUUUAUUGGCACACAUGAGUUUUGGUCUCCUCAUGUGCACACCACUCAUACUGAUCAUCAUCACAUAUUUCUGCAUUGCUUUGGCUCUGGUGAACAUUGCUCACGGAGCUGACCGGAUCAAAGCCAUGAAAACUUGCACCUCUCAUCUCAUAUUGGUGGCAAUUGGAUAUCUCCCACUUAUGAGCAUUAGUAUAGCAUCUUUAACAACACCUUUCCAUUCAAACACCAGGUUAAUAAACAAUUCCCUGACACAGCUAAUACCACCUAUGCUGAAUCCCAUCAUAUACACUUUAAAGACAGAGGAGGUCAUGCAAUCCGUAAAAGACCUGUACAAACGCAGCAGGGUGAACACAACGAGAGAAAGAAGAAUGAAAUGGAGUGGGAGAAAUUCAAAACAUAAUUUCCAGGUUUAA